UGGACUGUAGAACCGUUGCGCAUGGCCGCCGAGCGGAAGCCGACAUGGAGUCUGAUGCAUUGACCAAUGAUCUGGCACGUCCAAUUUCGGAAGUAGAACUAUCCCCGCCUUGUGCAAUGUUGAUCCGCAAUACCCAGGAUGCACACCGCAGCUUAACCAAACGCUGAAGUUUGUCGACGUUCUCACUCACUAACCAGCGCGUUCUCUCGCCCUACGGCGUCUGCCGUUUGGACUUCUCUGACACGGUCGUGGGUGCGCGGCAAUAGCUCGUAAAUGAAGACUUGGAGUACAUCCGCUAGGAGCCCAAUGCUAUAUAAGAUCUGUUAAGCACUCAAGCUCACCAGCACCUUCCUGUCCUUCCAGUAAUCUUUUAAACAUGUCUACCAAUCCCGGCGGCCAACAGUCCAAGUUCCGUCUCAACCCAAAGCCCACGUACAGCGAGAGAAUGUCUGAGACCCGCAGCGAGAUCAGACGAAUCAUGAGGGACGCUCUACGUACCAUCACACACGAUGAUGUCGCGACCAUGCACUGGCCGACAUACUGGAAGGACGUGGUCGCACGAUACCAUGUCAUCAUUGAAGGGUGGCCCCAGGACGUGCCCUUCAGGAACCUCAGCGACGUCUCCAACCUCGGCAAGUUGGAGCAGCUCUUGACGGGCUGGCAGAACGGCACCAUUUAUUUUCGCCGGCUCACCGAUGCCGAAUUCGCAACCCUGAGUGCGCAGCAUGACGCAGCUCUUCAGGAGGGCCAAGGGGACGGGAUUUGAGGACGGAUGACCAGAGCGAAUGACACAGGGCAGGCUGAGGCGCGGAGAUGCUGGUAGCAUUGAGGUGUUGGAACAGGAUACCCGAAUCGGCAUUGGAGCGGCCGUAAUCUAUUAUCAUUUCUAUGCAUUGGAUGUGUUGUCAUUUGCAACUGUAUUUAUUCUGGCUCUGGUGGCAAGUGGCUGAAG